UUGAAAGGAGCCCCCUGGAAACACCAACCCGGAAGUAGCUCCUGGGAAGUGACUGUUCCUGUUGGAGGCCAAAGGGACACAAGGACUGGGCUCUCCUUCUUGACUCUGGUAACCUCUGAACAAACUUUGUGAAGAACACCUUCUGAGAGCUUUGCCUUACGGAUGACCUAGGUCUGAAAUGAAGCACUGACACGAACACGAAAGGAAAUAUUGUGCUGUUAAAGAGUUCAUAUCGGUGAACUUAUUUAAUAAUAUUUGAAUCAUAAAUCUAAAAGAAUGGAAAAUAUUAUCCAUCCUGAUUCCACAUCACACGCAGGAAAGAAGCUACAUAAGUGCAUGGACUGUGGGGAAGGUUUCAGUGGGAGAAGUUCUCUUACUAAACAUCAACAAACGCACACAGGAGAGAAGCCACAUAAAUGUAUGGAAUGUGAAAAGAGCUUCAGUCGAAAGGGAAUUCUGCGUUUACAUCAAAGGACCCACACAGGGGAGAAGCCACACAAAUGCAUGGAAUGUGGUAAGUGCUUCAGUCCGAUUGGAAGUCUGCGUUCCCAUCAAAGGACCCACACAGGGGAGAAGCCACAUAAAUGCAUGGAAUGUGGAAAGAGCUUCCGUGUGAGUGGAGAUCUGCAUCGCCAUCAAAGGACCCACACAGGGGAGAAGCCACAUAAAUGCAUAGAAUGUGGAAAGAGCUUCAGACGGAUUGGACAUCUGCGUGCCCAUCAAAGGACCCACACAGGGGAGAAGCCAUAUCAAUGCAUAGAAUGUGGAAAGAGCUUCUCUCAGAGUGGAAUUCUGCAUGUCCAUCAAAGGACCCACACAGGGGAGAAGCCACAUGAAUGCAUGGAAUGUGGAAAGAGCUUCUCUCAGAGUGGAGAUCUACAUUCCCAUCAAAGGACCCACACAGGGGAGAAGCCGCAUAAAUGCAUAGAAUGUGGAAAAGAGCUUCAGUCAAAUUGGAUAUCUGCAUUCACAUCAAAGGACCCACACAGGGGAGAAACCAUACCAAUGCAUAGAAUGUGGAAAGAGCUUCUCUCAGAGUAGACUUCUGCGUUCCCAUCAAAAGACCCACACAGGGGAUAAGCCACACAAAUGCAUGGAAUGUGGAAAGUGCUUCAGUCAGAUUGGAAAUCUGCGUUGCC